UGAAGGAGCUAUUGGAUUUUUCAUUUUUCUUGUAACAUUUUCCUUUUUUUUUUGGUUUUAUUAUUUUCGGUGACAGAAGAUUUACAAUUAUUACACUUGGAAAAUAUUGUUCAAGAAAAUAAAGGAUAGUCUUAAAAACAGUUGUACCCUUUAGACAAUCUUAAAUAUGUCAGAUUAUUUUGAAGAAUUGGGACAUCAACCAACUGGACCAAAUGGCCCUGAAGAUUUUGAUAAACAUUUUAAAAGACUUCAAGUAUUAGCUAUAAUGAAUGGAAUUGAUAUUGAAAUAGAAGUACCAGAAGCAUCAAAAAAAGCUAUAGCAAAACUUCCAGUACAUAAUAUAACAAAGGAAGAAGAAUCACAAGAAUUAGAAUGUGCUGUAUGUAAAAUGCCAGGUGAAGAAGGUGAUGUUUAUAAAAUUUUACCAUGCAAACAUGAGUUUCAUAACGAAUGCAUACUUUUAUGGCUUAAAAAGGCUAACAGUUGUCCUUUGUGCCGUCAUGAACUCGAAACAGAUGAUCCAGAUUAUGAAGAAUUAAGAAAAUAUCGACAACAGGAACCUGAAAGACGAGAACGUUUAAAUGAUUUAAUGGAUUCAAUGUUUUCGUAAAAUAUUUAUAGAAAAAUUUUAAGGAUUUUAUUUUAAUUGCAAUUAGGGUCUCUGUUUCUCUCCCUUUCCGGUAUGACUGAAAAAUUUCCCGUAUACGUUCAUGGUUUUUUUUGGAUUAAUAACGUAGAUUAUAAAUUAUUUUCUUUCAAUAAAUUUUACUAACAAGAAAUUUUUAUUAAUGGUUCGGCAUAAGAAAUAAAAUUUUAUGUAUCAAUUUUAA